GUUUCAGGUAGUAAUCGAAAAAUUUCGAGGAAAACGAAGGAACGUCACCGUGAGCAGCAAGGAAAACGAAUUCAAUAAACACCAAGCCUAGAAGACGUUGAGCGCAAUGUCAAUGGAUUUUUCGGCAAGAAUUUCACCAGGAUUUCAAGAAGUUGAUAUUAAUUAAGUUUUUUGUAUCAAAUUGUGUGUUUUCUCAAUUUUAUAUUGCCUUUUUAUUUCAUAACUUUCCUUUUCUGUUCAAAAUCAACUUUUUUUUGUGUUUUAACACUUCAAUUAUCAAUUGUUAGUUUAUAAAUUUCAUAAUAAACUCUGAUUUU